CAAAGAAACAAGAGAAGAAGAGAAGGUUCACCUCUCUGCUAGUGAGCCGCCCAUGCGCACAGCUGGUCUCCUGUCUGCUGGUCUCUGCUGGUCUCUGAUGGUCGUGAUUUAAAGGGCUCAUAUGUCUUCAUUAAUCUAAUAACUUCUUCUUUAAUCCGUCUCUUCAAACUUCAGGAAGAUGCAGGAUGACGCGCGCUACCUCAAACGCAAAGUGACGGUGGGCAGUCUGGAUGUUCAUCCCACAGAGAAGGCCCUUCUGGUCCACUAUGAGGUGGAAGCCUCCAUACUGGGAGAGAGUGGAGGUCAAGUGCUGGGCGAGAGGAAGGAAGGACAGAAGAUUAUUCGUGUGAAAAGUCUUUCUCCCAGUACAGAUGUUGGAGCUUUGGCAAAGAAAGUGGUGGAGGAGUGUAAACUCAUCCCUCCUUCCCGUCUGCCCCAAGUGGAGCAGCUCCUGUACUACUUGCAGAUCAGAAAAGCCUCCGCAGUAGAGGCCAAACUGGAGAGGAAAGUGAAGAGAGCUGUGAAACCCAGAGAGCUCACACCGCUGGAAGGAGUGGAGUUGAAUGAGGAGGCUUGUGUCACCAGAGUGGACGAGUAUGUUGAAUUACUCUACGAGGGCAUCCCGGAGAAGAUCCGAGGUUCUUCUCUCAUCCUGCAGCUCGCCCGUAACCCUGACAACCUGGAGGAGCUGCUUCACAACGAGGCGGCUCUCGGCGCCCUGGCCAGAGUCUUGAGGGAGGACUGGAAACAGAGUGUGGAACUUUCUACCAUCAUCAUUUACAUCUUCUUCUGCUUCUCCAGUUUCACUCAGUUUCAUGGAGCGGUGAGUCAUUACAAAAUCGGCGCUCUGUGUAUGAGUGUGGUGGAACACGAGCUGAAGAGACACGAUGUUUGGUGCGAAGAACUGCGCAAGAAAAGCAAGGCUUAUGAGUCUGCACCAGAGAAUGGUUCUUUAAGAAGAGACCAGGACAAAGCAACAAAGAAGUACCAAGGCCUUCUGGCGAAACAGGAGCAGCUGCUCAGAGUGUCUCUUUAUCUUCUGCUGAACCUCGCCGAGGACACGAGGACGGAGCUGAAGAUGAGGAAUAAAAACGUUGUCGGUCUGCUGGUCAAAGUUCUUGAGAGAGAUGAUGAGGAGCUGCUGGUCCUGGUGGUUACAUUCCUGAAAAAACUCUCCAUCUUUCUGGAGAACAAGAACGACAUGGCUGAAGUGAACAUCAUAGAGCAGUUGGCUCACCUGGUUCCCUGUGACCAUGAAGACCUCUUAAACCUGACCCUGCGUCUGCUGCUCAACCUCUCCUUUGACACUGGACUUCGAGCAAAGAUGGUGGAAGCUGGACUGUUGUCUAAACUGACUGCUUUGUUGGGUGAUGAGAACAACCAUCAGGUCGCCCUGAGAAUCCUCUACCACAUCAGCAUCGACGACCGCUUCAAGGGCAUGUUUGCGUGCACUGACUGCAUACGUCAGCUCAUGCAACAGCUGUACGAGCACAACGAGGAGGAGAUCGAAACUGAGCUCAUCUCCAUCUGCAUCAACCUGGCUGCAAACAAGAGGAAUGCACAGCUCAUGUGUGAAGGUAAUGGUUUGAAGAUGCUCAUGAAGAAAGCUCUGAAAUUGAAAGACUACCUUCUGAUGAAGAUGAUCCGGAACAUCUCACAACACGACGGGACGACCAAACCGCUGUUCAUCGACUACGUUGGAGACUUGGCAGCAGAGAUCCGUGUCGAGGAGGAGGAAGAGUGGGUUCUGGAGUGCCUAGGUACACUAGCCAACCUCACUAUACCGGACCUGGACUGGGAGUUGGUGGUUAAGGAGUACAAUCUGGUGCCCUUCCUUAAAGACAGACUGAAACCAGGCUCAGCAGAGGACGACCUCAUCCUGGAAGUAGUGAUAAUGAUUGGGACUGUUUCUAUGGAUGACGCCUGUGCCGCCAUGUUGGCUAAGUCGGGCAUCAUUCCUGCGCUGAUUGAGCUGCUCAACGCCCAACAGGAGGACGAUGAGUUUGUGUGUCAGAUCGUCUACGUCUUCUACCAGAUGGUGUUUCACCAAGCUACAAGAGACGUCAUUAUCAAAGACACACAGGCUCCGGCCUACCUGAUCGACCUGAUGCAUGAUAAGAACGCUGAGAUCAGGAAAGUGUGUGACAACACGCUCGACAUCAUCGCUGAGUACGAUGAGGAGUGGGGGAGGAAGAUUCAGUCAGAGAAGUUCCGUUUCCAUAACAACCAGUGGCUGGAGAUGGUGGAGAGUCGACAGGUGGACGAGUCCGAACCGUAUUUCUAUGAAAAUGACAACGACAGGACGGAUCUGUUCUACAGCGCAGAUGGAAUAACUCCAGUGGACGGUUCAGUCAGCCCGGAGUUCUUCAGUGACCUGCAGACGCAAAACGGAGACUCACAUCAUGCAGUGUGAGUUAUCAUAACAUCCCAGUGAUGAGCUGUGUUACAGAUUGUGUUA